AUGCUCCGCGGAAAGGGAUUUAAAAAUGUGGAUGAUAAAAACCAGAUGUGUUUUUCAGUUUCGGGGAUUCUUGUUUGUGUUCUCAGAGCUUGUCUACAAACGAUGAAAUUUGAACUUGGGGUACAGGUGCACGGCUGGUCGUGCAAAAUGGGUUUCUCAAGAAGUGUUGUUUUGAGUAGUUUUCUGAUCAGUUAUUACGGGAGGGCGAAGUUUCUCGUGGGGGCUGAGAGAGUUUUCGAGCAGGAACGUUUUAAGAAUACAGCUGUGUGGACGUCUAGGAUCGUGAACUUCUGUAAUGAUGAUAAGUUUGAGGAAGCUAUUUGUGUCUUUAAGGAUAUGGGGCGGGAAGGAGUAAGGAAAAACGGGUACACAUUUUCAGCUGUUCUUAGGGCUUGCAGGAAAACCGGGUAUACAGAGUGCGGCCAGCAGGUGUAUGCGAACGUGAUAAAAUUGGGACUUGAUUCGAACAGUUACGUGCAGCGGGCAUUGCUCGACUUGUAG